CUCCGCUCACUGUCUCGGGGCAGGUUCACGGGGUGCUCCCAUUCCAGAGAGGAGGGGAGGCAGUGCAGUGCUCUAUUGGCGCCUGCGCAGGGCGAUGGCGGCACCGUGGCUGGGCUGGGAGGCGCCGGGCCGGGCGCUGCGGGGCCUGGCCUGGCUGGGGCAGGAGUUCGCGGCCGACUGGGCGGCUCAGGACCUGCGGGCCGCGCUCUUCCAGCUGCUGCUGCUCUGGCUGGGCCUCAGCUUGCUGGGCAUCCACCUAGCCUGGCGGCUCCACGGAGGUCGCGUCAGCCGCCUCUGCUGCCGUCCAGGUACGGGCCAAACCGAACCCCCCGGGCUGGGCUGUGCUGCCGCCCAGGUACCGACCGGGACGAACGGAGCCCCCGGGCCGGGCCCGAGUCCCCCACCCUGCGGGCCUGGCUGUACUGCUGCCCAGGCAGAGGCGGCCAGAACGGAGGAACCCCCGCUGGUGCCUCAUAUUUCCCCACGUGGGACAGCUCAAGCAAUGAGGCUGUGAAGACGCACCGAGAGUGAGGCGUGGACGGAUACGCCGGUGGGCAGGGGUAUACCUGGGACAGCUCCACCCAUGGGCCCCAGCGCUGCCAGCCAAAGAAACUGGCUUUGCACUUUCGCUGCGUUGGAGACCGCAGCCAUGUCACCUGUGGGCUAGCCCCUGGCCAGCAGGGAGCUGUACAGCCAGCUGGCCUGUGCCCAUCCCAGCUGGCCUCUGCACAGCCGCUCAGGCAGGGCAAGCUCCUAUCUCACCCCUGCAGUCACUUCUGGGGGCAUCUGCACUGCCCCAAGCACAUCAGCCCUUCCCCCUGCCUGCCCCAGACAAAACAGGCCCCUGCAGUGGCCACAGGUGUACAUGGGGGGUGGUGUGUAGUCUGUGCCUCAGUAGUCCUUGUGCCCAGCUUAAAUCCUCCCUGAGCACAUGCCCCUGAGCCCUGCUCUGAGCCCCUCCCCCCAACUCUUGUCCACUGCUGCCCCCACCCCGAUGAGCCAAAAGCCUUCCUGUCCCCCAGCCCCUUCCAGGGAAAAUUGCCUGAACACCUCCCUUCCCUGCUGCCAAGCCCCCUCUCUGCCCCCAGGGACUGAGACUCAUGCACUUGUACCACUUUCUGCCCCAGCGGGCAAGGUGGGAGGUCCUACUCCCUGCUGCUAGAACUCCUGUGCUCCCUGUGACCCUGGCUCCUGAGGCAACUGCAGCUGCUCCUCAGAGGGGCAGGAUUCUGCUCCUGGGCACAGGGGAGAUGCAGGGCAGGAUGGCAGCGCUGUCCCACUGGUUACACAGUGUGGGAGCAGAGAGCUGAGCUGCCCCCCACACCUGGGGUUUGGUGGUGUGGGGGGCCUUGGGGCACCACCUGGCUGCUCUUGCCCUGCGCUGUGUCUCAUAGCAGUGUUGGAGUGAUAGCCCACUGGCACCUGGGCAGUAAUGCUGCCAGCUUCCACACAGCACCCCAUGUGCCAUCUGCCUGGUCCAGGUGAGGCCUUCCUAGGCCAGUGCCCUCUGCCAAGGUGCCAGCCCUUGGGAUCAGAGCAGGAACAGCAUGCCCAUGGCAAACCCAGCCUAGGGGCCAGGGUGCCCCUCAGGGCAGUAGGAAUAGCUGGACCCAGGUACUUCCAGCCCCACCUGCAGUGAGCGAGGGUAUCUCCAAGCCCAGGAAGGGGCAGGGCUCAGAGGCAGCACCUGGCUAAUGGCCUGGCAGGCACAUGGUGGCACAACUGGGCUUGGAGCCCGUUACCUGUAUCCCAGGCCUUUAGCCCCAGGGCCACCUACUGUCCUUCUGCACUCUGCCAGACCCUGGCUGAAGGCUCCUGUGACCUGCUGGCUGGAUUAAAUCCCUCUGCUGUGA